AUGGCAGAAGUUAUUGGAACUUUUGAUACUGGCCACACUGGUCCGGUACACGACACACAAUUGGAUUAUUAUGGCCGUAGAUUGGCAACAGCAUCAUCAGAUCACACAAUAAGAAUAUUUGAUGUCUCUACGGAUCAACCAACUUUCUUGGCAGAGUUAAGAGGCCACGAGGGGCCGGUUUGGCAGGUUUGCUGGGCUCACCCCACAUUUGGAAGUGUAUUAGCUUCUUGUUCAUAUGAUAAAAAGGUUUUAGUUUGGAAGGAAACUCAAAGAUCAAGAUGGGAAAUUGUAUACUCAUGUGAUGACUUUUCAUCUUCAAUUAAUGGUGUAUGUUGGUGUCCAUGGGAUUUUGGGCUCCAAUUUGCCUGUGCUGUAUCGGAUGGUUCAAUAGCGGUCUGCUCAUAUAGUCCAGAAACAAGGAACUGGACUAAGAAACAGGUAUUUGGUCAUCCAAAUGGAGCAAACUCUGUGUCUUGGGCUCCAGCAAUAAACUCUGUUGGAAGCUCAGCUGUUAAUUCAUCUUCCCAGCCUGUUAGACUUGUUUCUGGAGGAUGUGACAACCAAAUUCGUAUUUGGAAGCAAGAUCCUCAAACAAAAGAGCUUUCUGAAAUGAGCCAAACCCUGGAUGUUGCUCACUCUGAGUGGGUGAGAGAUGUUGCUUGGAGGCCAUCAGUAGAUCUCCUUGCUGAGACUAUUGCUUCUUGUGGAGAUGAUAAGAUUGUGGUCAUUUGGACUCAGGAUGCUGAUGGACAAGGUUGGCACAGUAGCCAAGUACUCAACUUUAACGAGCCAGUUUGGAGGGUUUCUUGGAGUGUUACUGGAACUGUUUUGGCGGCUUCCAGUGGAGAAGAUGUUGUUACUCUCUUCAGAGAGAACACCGAAGGUAAAUGGGAGGUUCUCACAAAUAUCUCAGGAAACGAGCAACAUCAACAGCAGCAACAACAGCACCCACAGAUUGGCUCUGAACCCAGUGAUGGCUUUCCCCCUGGUCUGAAUGUCCAAUCCUCAGUCCCGGAGCCCUCCCACCAAGAGCAGGGAGGAUCCAGUUCCGGAUUUAGCGCCCAGAAUCCAAGUCAGUUCCACAAUAGAAGCGGAGACCCCUCUCCUCCACUUCUCUCUGCACAUAAUCAGCAUCGCUUUAAUCAGUCCUUCUCUCCCUCUAAGAAUAACAUCCAUCCCCAGCAGUCCCCUCUCCCUCCAAUGGCAGCUCCCCCGAUGGCAGCUCCCCCGAUGGCAGCUCCUCCUGUGGCAGCUCCUCCUGUGGCAACUCCUCCUGUGGCAACUCCUCCAAUGGCUGCUCCUCCAAUGGCUGCUCCUCCAAUGGCUGCUCCUCCAAUGGCUGCUCCUCCAAUGGCUGCCCCUUCAAUGGCUGCUCCUCCAAUGGCAACUCCUCCAAUGGCUGCUCCUCCAAUGGCUGCUCCUCCAAUGGCUGCUCCCCAAGUGGCGGCUUCUCCAACAACAUCUUCUUCCACCUCAAUGGCACCCCCUAUGGCUCCUUCAGCGGUGACUACAGCUCCCCCAACAAUGUCUCCCCUCUCGCAGGUGACUAAUUCUCAGUUUGUUUCAAGUCCACCUCCAAAAACCCAACAGGGACCCUUUCCGCAAGCACCCAGACCAACCUCAUCUUACAUGACAGGCGGAGAGACCAUUCCUACCCCAGGGUUGCCAAAGGCAGAGAUUUCCCUUCCGCCGCCACCAUCAUCAUCAUCUUCUAUCUCGGGCUCUAUCCCACCAAUGAUGGGAGGAACAACUGCACCAACGCCUUCUACAAACUUAAAUACCGCUUCUCCUUUUGGGAAUUCUUUUGGAGCUGCACCUCCACCCCCGCCUCCACCUCCUCCUCCUGGUAUAAGAAGGUAUCCUGGAAUACAGUAG